AUGCCUCGUGGCCAGGCCACAGCAAAGCGUCAGCAGGGUGUUGCAAACCAACGCGAUACCAGGCAUGAGAAUGGACUUGUAGGGCCCGGAAAGAGGGUGCAGAGGCAGAAGAGUAAUGGCCAUCUCAACGGGCAUGCGAAACAACCAGAGAACAAUUCAAAGUCUCCAACGCCCACGCCACCACUCCCAUCUCUGCCUUCGAACGCUUCAUCUCCAUAUCCACAGACAAACGGACAUGCUAGGCAAACACAACCACACCCAGCAGAUGCUCAUUCCGCUGCAGAUCCCAAGAUGUCCAACGGAAACGGAAACGUGAGGCGGCCCUCCGCUGGCGCGUACUCGGAGUCCUCCUCGUCCGAAUCCUACCACAAUGUCCCCGGCAUAUCCAAUGAAUAUCACCGCCGUAUCGAUGUCAACGCGGCAAAGAACCCCGCCGUGCACCGUGACGUCGGUCCUCUCAAUCUUGCCCUCACCGUCUUGCGGUCCUGUCCGCUGUACGAUACGAUUGCCAUCCUCAUUGUCCUACUCCAACUUCCGCCGACCUUCCUCUCGCUCAUUCAUCUCCUCUUUGCAACCUUAACCUUUGUCCCACCCUCGAGCUCGACGGCCACGGGAUUGAGCUUCACGGACAUAUUUGAAGGGACAAUGGGGACACCAUCUGUUGCAACAAUCUUGGUCGUGGAUUUGUUUGUCUUGAUGAUAUGGCUGUUUUUGUGGAACCCCGCUCAGGAUAUUGCACUGGACCUAGCCCAAACCGUGAUUGCGUUUACCCUAGGUGGCGGAACCAAUGGUAGGGAUGCUGGCCUAAAGAAUAUUUUUAUUUGCUUUUCCAUUGUGGGCAUGUCACAUUUUACUCGCAAUGGCGACAUGAAGCAAUCAGGUCUCCGUGCUCUGCUUUCCUCAUCAAACCGAAUCUUGGGAUCACCAGAUCCCGAUGACCCGCUAGAACAGACCGCUCACAGUGUCAAUAAGAAGGGAGCGCAUGGUUGGAUUCGAAGCAUUCUUGCUAUACACAUUCUUGCCCAAGGGCUUGUACGUUAUGUUCGAGAUUGGUAUGUUAGGAGGAACUUGAGAGAAAAACGGGAUACGUCAACUUCUAUCAACGACCCAGAAGCAGGGAAAGCACUGGCAGAUCCCGGCAACGAUUUCUCAGUUCCCGCCUCGCAAAGUCAAGACAACGAUCCCACAACACCCCUGCCCGUUACCAACACCGUUAGUUCAAAGAAGAAGAAGAAGCAGAGUGCCCAGGUCCGUAUACGACAGCCUCUGUGGGCUGCCCUAGCUAGCACGAAGAUCGUGGUGGUAAAGGAAUACGAAACUUCGCAUACUGCAGCCGAGUCUGCCGGCACAAACGCAACAGACAUCAACAACCUCGGAAAUGCGCCAUUCAAUACCGAAGCAGAUCGAAUAUGGAUAACAUAUGUUGGAACUGAUGAGGUGUUGUUUAGCACGAGUUACUUUCCCAACUAUACCCCGUCUGAGAGUUGUGAGGAGAAGAAUGUGGAUUCAUCUGGGGUUGACAAGUCAAAACCUUUUUAUGUCCGUGUUAAUCAGACAAUUUGGCAGCCUACCCGCAUCAAUGCGGCUAUUGACCCCGAGCGCCCGGCAAGGCAGGAUUCUAGAUGGAGUGGGGAGGUUUUCGGCCUUGCGCCUGCGUCCAACUACGAAUGCGAGUUUGUUAGCACCGCCGAUCAUACCGUAAUUUUCUCUACCAAUGUUCGAACGCUUCAGGCUCCUACCGCGGAUACAGCAGUUGGGCUGUCUCCAAACCCUCAGGUCAGCGGUCGACCCGGUUCUCCAACUACAACACUGAAAACCUCUAUUGCCUCAUCAGAAGUGAAGCUCACGGAAGAACGGCACCGCCAGAAACGGGAACGCAAAGAUCAACGAGCGAAGCUACAUUCCAUUCGAAAGGAAAUCGACAAGCUCGCUAAUAGUAUUGCUUCUUCUGGUGGCAACGAUGACCGCGUCAGACAGAAGAUCCAGCAGAACCAUCUUCAUACAAAACAGGCUGAAGACGCCCUUAUUUCUCUUGCGGAGGAAAUCAAGUCGCUCGAGACUGUUCCCAAGGACGAUGCAUCGCUCUAUGCAUCCUCAAAAUCCGAAUUCCAAACCCAAAAAGAACAGCACAAGCAAUCCCGAUCCGAAUUCAACAACACCAAGCAAGCCGCCGAACGCGAUAUCUCCACCCUGAAUAAUGAAAUCUCCACCCUCCAGCAGAAGCGUGAACGUAUGCAAUCCCGAAUUGCCAAACUCAACGGGGAGCAUGAGCGUAUUACAGACGCAAAUGCUAAAGGCUUGGACGAGGUUCAGAGGAAAGAACGCGAGAGACAGGCGAAGGAUACAGAAAGGGCUAAGAUUGAUAUAAUAUACAACGACCGUCUUGCUGUUUUGAAUGCCCAAGUACUGGAAACAACUGCGGCUCUUCAAGUUAUGUAUAGGAAUAUCGAUACUAUGCAGCAGGCCGAGAUAUACGCAGCCGCAAGCCCCACAACCAGUGUGCCGAAUCUCCAUGCGAGCUCUGCUUUCGGUCCUGAUGUGAUUCCUGAGGGCCUUGCCAGCGCCGCAUAUCCUUGGAAUCCGGCUAUGCCAGCCACCACUGGAGGAUAUGUUCCUAGUAUCUAUUCUACUCAGCUCCCUACACAGCCGCAAGGCUAUAGGACUCGAGGGAGAAGUAGUAGCAUGCUGAGUAACUUGUCCGGCUUCACGCAGAGCGAUGGUGAUGCUCCUGGUCCCUCGUAUCCUCCGCAAAUCGGAAAAGCCGUCUGGUAUGAUGCAGAUAAGGAAAGGAAUGGAAGUAGCGGCAGUGGCAGCGGUCCUGGUAGUGUUGGUGACCCUAAAAGUCCCAUUGUUGGAAAUGGUCAUGUUGCGAAGUAG